AUAUGGCCAUUUUGCCCAUUGGAAGGGAAAGGAACGUUGCAGCGAAACCCCUCCCAACUCCCAGGUGGAGAGAACUCCGUCCUCUGAAGACAAAAGAGGAGACUGCGGCGAUCAGGCAAACGCUGGCGACAUCAACCGCUGAAACUCCGGCAGGGAGAGAUUACAGAAAGUUGGGAGCUAUAUUGUUCUGGGAAGUGGAACAGAACAGAGAAUUUACUAAAUCAUGAAAUCUAUGAAUUCCAGAAGGGAAUUUCGUAGCAAUAGAGCUGCUCUCUUUGAUGGCAUUGAAGAUGGUAUCAGGGCCACCUCAUCCUACUCAUCCCGUGAAAUUUAUGAACAUGACAAUGAUAGGGCUCUUGAUGGAUUGCAAGAUAGAGUCAGUCUAUUGAAGAGACUGACGGGAGACAUACAUGAGGAGGUUGAAAGUCACAACCGAGUAUUGGACCGGAUGGGAAAUGAUAUGGAUGCAUCAAGGGGAAUUCUUUCAGGAACUAUGACUCGGUUCAAGAUGGUCUUUGAGACGAAGUCAAGCAGGAGAAUGUUUACACUUGUGGCAUCAUUUGUUAUCAUCCUCCUAAUCAUAUAUUACUUGACUAGGUGACAAAUUUGUCUUGUAAAGUUGGUGGGAUAAAAUUACCAUAUUUAGUACAAGUGGAAGGACAUGCAUUUAAUAUCUUCGUACAUAAUACUAAUCCGAGCUCCUGAUUUUAAGAUAUUUCCACCUAUAAAUAGAUAUGAAUAUGUGGCUAUGUAUUAGAUA